AUGCAGCGCCACAUCCUGCGUAACCUGCCGCGCGUUCAGGCCAACGCCUUCGCCCGAGCCACUGUCGCGACGACUGUCAAGGUCUCGCCUGUGCCGGUCAAGCAGACCAAUCUGCUGAUCAACGGACAGUUCGUGCCUUCGUCCAGCGGUCGCACCUUCGAGACGUUCAAUCCGGCCACGGAGGAGAAGAUCGCCGACGUAUCGGAGGCCGUCAACGCAGACAUCGACGCCGCCGUUGCUGCUGCCCGCGAUGCGUUCGAGGGUCCGUGGCGCACGAUGUCGGCCGAAGACCGCGGCAAGCUCCUCUACAAGCUGGCGGAUCUCAUUGAAGAGAACAUCGACGAAAUCGCCGCGCUUGAAGCGCUCGACAACGGCAAGCCGUUCCACGUUGCGAAGGAGAACGACCUGCAGCUUGUGCUCAAGACCCUCCGCUACUACGCCGGUUGGCCCGACAAGAUCCACGGAUCCGUCAUCCCCAUCUCGGGCCCCUACCUCUGCUACACCAAGGCUGAGCCCGUCGGCGUGUGCGCUCAGAUCAUCCCGUGGAACUUCCCGCUGCUCAUGAUGGCGUGGAAGUUGGGCCCCGCUCUCGCUGCCGGUAACACGGUCGUGUUGAAGCCUGCUGAACAAACGGCCCUCUCGGCUCUGCGUGUGGGUGAGCUGAUCGUGGAGGCUGGCUUCCCCAAGGGUGUGGUGAACAUUGUGCCGGGAGUGGGCGCCAGCGCUGGUCGCCACCUGGCCCAGCACCCCAAGGUUGACAAGGUCGCAUUUACCGGAUCGACGGAAGUCGGGUACCAGAUCAUGCGUACGUCGCACGUGAGCAACCUCAAGCGCGUCACGCUUGAGCUCGGUGGCAAGUCGGCCAACAUUAUUCUCGACGACGCGGACAUCGACCUCGCCAUCAAGCAAUCGCAGCUGGGUCUGUUCAUGAACCAGGGCCAGUGCUGCAUUUCGGGCACGCGCGUGUUCGUCCAGGAGGGCAUCUACGACGAGUUCGUCAAGCGCACGGUGGAGGCCGCGAAUGCUCGCGUGGUCGGCGACCCGUUCGACCCCAAGACGGACCAGGGCUCGCAGAUCGAUGAGACUCAGUUCGAGAAGAUCCUUGGUUACAUUGAGGAGGGCAAGAAGGAGGGUGCUCGUCUUGUGGCCGGCGGCCACCGCAAGGGAGACAAGGGCUGGUUCAUUGAGCCCACCGUGUUCGCCGACGUCACGGAUGACAUGACCAUCGCUCGUGAGGAGAUCUUCGGCCCCGUCAUGUCCAUCCUCAAGUUCAAGACCAUCGACGAGGUCAUUGCUCGCGCCAACGACUCCGAGUACGGCCUCGGUGGCGGCGUGGUGACCAGCAACAUCGACAACGCCAUCAAGAUCUCCAACGGCAUCCGCACGGGCACGGUGUACGUGAACUGCUACGACGUGUUCGACUCGAACACUCCGUUCGGUGGCUUCAAGGACUCUGGCAUCGGCCGCGAGAAUGGCGAGCUGGGCCUGCGCAACUACCUGGAGCACAAGACGGUGAUCAUCAAGCGUCCGGAAGACUCGAUGCUGUAA